AUUAGUAAAAAGUAAAAACCCGCCUUCAAUCUAAGUCAAAACCAAUGGCCUCAUUCGAGCAAGCGCCGCCCGGAGACGCGAAAAUUGGGGAGAAGAUCUUCAAGACUAAGUGCGCCCAGUGUCACACCGUAGAAAAAGGCGCUGGUCACAAGCAGGGGCCAAAUCUGAAUGGGCUUUUCGGGAGGCAGUCCGGCACAACUCCAGGGUACUCUUAUUCCGCUGGUAACAAAAAUAUGGCUGUGAAUUGGGGAGAGAACACAUUGUAUGACUACUUGCUUAAUCCUAAGAAGUACAUUCCUGGGACAAAGAUGGUUUUCCCUGGAUUGAAGAAGCCACAGGAUCGUGCUGACCUUAUUGCUUAUCUGAAGCAAUCAACUGCUUGAUGGGUCUGCUUCAUAUCAGCUAUUUUGGAACAAAGGAAGAGUUUUGCACUGUGAUUUUUUUUUGACAUGAUAAAAAAACUAGGCGUUUCUUGAAAUAAAUAGGAAAAAAAAAACAAUCCAAGAUAAUAUGG